AUGGGCAAAUCUCCAGCUUCGAAGGCUGCCUCGGCUAAUGCAAAAAAGCUGGGUGUGGCUAAGUCCAAGGCUUCCUCUGUAGGAAAAAAAGCGAUAAAAAAACGACUGGAAAUUGAUUUGGAACAGCCCAAAGACAGAGAUCCUGUUAAUUCCAAUGAUGUUGACAUCAAGCAAAUUGCCGAUGAUCACGACGCUCUACGAACGGCCGACGAAUUCGAGGCACAACGAAUCGCCGAGCGAGAGUUGCGGUGGAGAGAGGACUACAAUAAACUGGUCCCUAAAUUAUCUUAG